ACAUUAAAUGUCAGUAGCUGAGGAAGCCCUCAUCUUUCAGGUUCCAUCAUUUUAUCCUAAAAAUUCGGUCUCUUUUACAAACUACCUUGCUGGCCUGAAUUCCGUCUACAUCCCCGAUACCACUGUCUGGCGACUAACCAUACCUUGCGACCCGGAGCACGCUGUCAUUCGCUGGUGGAUGCGCCAUGGAAGAACAUCACGACACAGUUCAACACCACGCCAUUUUGAUCGGCAUUGAUUCCUACCCCGAUAGACCCCUAGAUGGCUGUGUACAAGAUGUUCAGGAAAUCAAAUCCCUACUUGAAGCGCAGUCGCUGCCUAUGAACAUACAAACGUUGGUAGGAGUCCGCCACAUCAAUGACGGAGCAUGCACUCCAGCUGAACACAACACGUGUUUGCCCACAUACGAGAAUGUGAUUUCUGCUUUCCAGAACAUUCUUUCUCUCGCAAACCCUGGGGAUUUUGUCUACAUUCACUACGCUGGACACGGGACUCGAGGCGAUCCGAUGAGCAAGUUUUCGAAUGAAUCCACAGGAGACCUCGCGUUGGUUUUGCUUGAUGAAAAAUCUGAGGAUGGCGUGAGGCUUCUGUGGGGUCACAGACUCGCCCUUUUACUGAAUGCCAUGGUUGUGAAGCGAUUGGCUGUCACCCUUGUUCUCGACUGUUGUUUCUCCGCGAGUGUGUACCGCAACGACAACGCCGGUGUCCGUUUUCUACCAUACGACCCCAAGGCCGGUUCAAAGUUCUCCUCGGAUCCGGGAGACGUUUUGGAAGAUGAGAAGCUUGAUCUACCUACAACCCGCGACGCUUCCAUGCUACCAAACUGGCUUAUCAACCCAGAUGGAUAUGCCAUCCUCACGGCCUGCGGGCCACACGAAGAAGCGAUUGAAUUCAAACCAAAGAAUGGACCUAAACACGGCGCUCUUUGUUAUUUUCUUCUCCCUUUGAUCAAAAGCGGCGGCCUCACCAAAAAACACAAGGACAUCUAUCAUUACCUGUGCGCCAAGUUCCGAGAAUCUACCCUGCAACAAAACCCGGUGUUGUAUGGGAACAAAGACCAAGGCUUUUUCGGUCGCAUCACCGGAAAAUCCACAAUCACCCCAAUUUCGAUUGUCAAGAGGGGAAAGAGUCUUCAGUUGCAAGCGGGCAAAGCUCAUGGCGUUUGUAUCAGCGAUCAGUUUGCUGUAUUCCCCUCCGACUUGGCAGAAAUCGCCUCUGGACCAGCAGGAGAAUUGGUACUUGCCAGGGUCUCCCAAGUCAAAGCUUUGACAUCAGAUCUUGAGCUACUGGACGGAUCGCCCACCAUCCAAGUCCAAACCGGGUGGAUGGCAAGAUCACACAUUCGAUCUUUGCUUCACAAAUUUCCGAUACAGCUUGCAUCCAACCUGUCAAAUUUAGAGGAAUGGAUGGCAAUUUUGGCUAAAAGAUCGCUCGAUGGUUAUACCAGCCAGGGGCGCUCUCUGUGCUCAUUUCAGGUGGUACUAAACAACGGAGAGUAUGAGAUCCUAGACAGUUCUGGUCAAAAAGUGCUCAAUCUUCCAACCAUGCCACAAGGUCGAACUGACAUCAGUUACAUCUGCGAUAUCUUGGAGCACUUAGCUCGAUUCAAUUUGGUCGAAAGCAUUACCAACGAGACGCCCCAGGACUCUUUCCGAGAUUCAAUCGAUGCCAAGAUAAUUACCCCCGCUGGCAGCAUUUACACUCCAGGAGCGGUGGUAGAACUCGAACAGGACGAAAGUGCACGAUACACAUUCGAGUUACAAAUCUCAAACAGAGGGACAGAGAGUCUUUACGCGUUUCUGUACAACAUGGGACCUUUUUGGCAGGUUGAGGAUCUUUACCGUGGCACAUACGAAGUCAUCCCACCCCAGAAUCAGAGUGAAAUGUUUACGGGCACAUUUCGGAAGAAGUUGAAGACGAGCGUACCAGUUGAGAUGCUAGACAAAGGGCACCUUCAAUGUGAAGACAUCAUCAAAGUCUUCAUCACAUCUCAGCCGACGUCAUUCGAUCUCCUGGACUUGCCCAAGAUCGACGGAAUACCCAAGAAGAGUUCAAGCAGCAGGACUGGUGAAGGGGGGUCGAAUCUCUCCGAGGAUUGGGUUGCCCUGAAUUUCCAUAUUCGAACUUCGAUAAAUGAGGAGUUUUGAUCUGUUACUCAGUGUCUUGGGAUAUGCUAGCUUGCCACUAUCCUCUGACAAAAACACGAGACAUUCAUUCCAAGAAGAGAUCCCUAAUUGAACACAGAGUACUCAACGCAAUGACAUCAUGUAAUAAAAGUCGCUUCCUUUCAUCCAGAAGUGAUUUGGGGACAUAACAGCAAGAAAAUGAAAAUGCCUUCAAGAUGUGACGCACUCUCAAC